AUGGCUCCUAAGCACUCUAGGCCCUCCUUGGACUACUUGGAUCUGGAUCAGCAGGAGAACAUAGGAGGUGUCUUUCUGCAGACUUCUGCUCCUCCCCAGGCUUCCAAGAGGGUUAGAGUGGAGGAUUGGGUAGAUGGGGAUGAUGAGGAUGAGGAUGAUGAUGAUGAUAAAGACUAUACUCCUGGCCCUGCUCAGCCUCCUGCUAAGCCUGCUGAGCCUGCUGAGCCUGUUAAGCCUGCUAGGCCUGCUAGGCCUGCUAAGCCUGCCAGACCACCCUUCAAGAAAUUCCUGCCCCAGCACCAGGUCAAUGAACUCCCAUCUUCUGUCAUAGACCCUGCCCACAUCGUCUAUGAUGAAGUGGAGGUCUUGGAGUGGGCAGCCCGAGGUCGAGCUAAAGCCCACGAAGUCUUGGACAAUGCUCCUGUCUUCCAGCUUCCAAAGCCAAUGAGGCUCUAUCCUAGCUCUACCACCAAGAAGGAGAAGUUGGCUGACAUGGAUGCAGAGUGGGAGAAGAUCAAGCCAAAGAAGUCUGUUGACUGCACCACCAUCAUUGAAGACUCGGAGGGGCAGCGGGUGCUCUACUAUCUUGGUAGGCGCCCUGAGACUGACACACCUGGGGAUACUCCUCACCCUAUUGAAUCACUCUAUGAAGGGCGCACGAAGAGGGAUGUUGAUAUUCUGAGAAAUAAGGGUGUCUCUAUCCAGAACGAUGCUCUCACUUUUGAUGAGCAGAUGAGGUUGCUGGCAGUCUGUCAGUUUUACACCUCCCAUGUUCAGCCUGUCCUUCCUGAAAAGGAUCGUCGUCACGAGGGGGAUCGAGAAGACAUCAACACUCACCUCUUUCGAUACCAACGAGGCAAACGGGAGAAGAAGAGCAAUGAGAGAUCCGGAGUGGGCCAUCUCAUUCAUUGCUGGACCCAGCAAGGGGAUUCUCACUUUACCCUCUCUGCUCCCUUUGCCGCGCACUUUGGUGCUCUGUUUGAGGUCUUCUAUCCUGAUCUCUAUCAACGCUACCAGAAGGCGUUUGAUGCAGGGAGCUGGAUCCCUCAUGACCCUGGACCUUGGCUUGGACGUGCCCUUGUCUGGAAACUCCCUCUCGACCUCCACUUCGACCAUGGUGACAUUGGGCCUACUCUCACUAUUCCCCUUGGUUUCUUCCAUAAUGGCGAGAUGGAGUUCCCUGCCCUUGGGGCAGUGUUUCAGUACCGUGCUGGAGACAUUAUCCUUGGCUGGGACUGCAAAUUUGCCCACAAGGUUCGGGACUGGAAAAUUGCUAGGCAUGCUCUAGGCCAAGAUCUCAGCCCUGAGAAUGGUCCCAAUGUCCAGUGCCCUGAGUGGUUCUCUGGGGGCCGAGUUGCCUUGGUUUUCUUCUCUCACUUGACAAACAAGAACAGAACAUAUAGCAGGAGUCCAAACAUUGUAGAAGCUAGGACUAAAGUGCUUACUAUGCAGAUCAAAGCCCAUACAGUUACAAUACCCUGUGUUAUAGCUGCCCUUCUGAAUAUAGUCAAGAUUGUAGUGACAGAGUACACACUAUCAUUCUACAUUGCUAGACCACCUGAAGAGGGAACUAGAGAGGACAAAGAGGUUGAAGUCAUAUAG